AUGGCUAGCUUAGAGUUCCUAGAGAUCCACUUGUCUAUGCCUCCUGAAUGCUGGGGUUUCAGCCACGGGCCAGGCUUCACCGGAUUGCGGUCUAGAAGCAAGCCUGGCUGUGACCUGGGCAAGAGGCACACUCAACCAGGGGUCAGGGAACGAGUCCCAGGCUGGGGAGUCUGUAGUGACCCAUCUGCACUGGCGAGUGGCUCUGGAACAGUGGAACAGCGUCCCGGGUCCCGAGUCCCAGGAAUGUGGGAGGGCUGGGCGGGCAGGGAGGGGGCGCUUCCUCUGGCCGCGGGAGGGGAGACUCUUGAGCGUGCACCGGGCCCGCCACCGCCCACUCCCCGCCCGCCGCCAGCUCGCUGGGGGCGGGGGCCGCGGCGAAAGGGCGGCGAGGGGCCGCGGAGCACCGCAGUCGCCUGGCCCGCCCGGCCGGGAGGAAGCGAUGAAUAUUCAGAGGGGGAGGGGAGGAGAGGGGGCCGAGCGCUCGGCGCGGCUCCCUGCAGCCGGAGCCGCAUGACGCGCGGAGGAGGCAGAGGGAGCAGCCGAGGCCGCGGGAGCCGGGAGCCCGGCGCCACGCGCGGGGGGUGGGCGUCGCUCGCUCCGCCCCGCGAAGCCCCUGCGUGUCUAGGGCCGCGGCCGCUCCGCGCCAAGCGCGCUAGGCUCCGCCGUGUGGCCGCCGCCGCCGCCGCUGCCAUGUCCCCGGGGAAGCCCGGGGCGGGCGGAGCGGGGACUAGGCGGACUGGCUGGCGGAGAAGGAGGCGGAGGCGGUGGCCGGAGGCGGAGACGAGGGAGCCCGGCUUCGGGCACACGGCGGGGCGCGUCCCGGGCACGUUCCAGGGCGCGCAGGGCAUGAAGCCCGCGGCGCUGGAGACGCGGUCACCCCCGCGCUCGCCCGGGCUCCGCUGGGCGCUGCUACCGCUGCUGCUGUUGCUACGCCUGGGCCAGGUCUUGUGCACAGGUGCGGUGGAAAUCAAGUGA